GCACGUCAUUCUCUAUCCAACCGGGCUCAAGCGCAGCCGUACGUUCCCGCGCUUUUUUGACAUUUACAAUAAAAAAAAAGUGUAUUUACUUUUUUAAUUACAUAGUGCCUGUGUUGCAAGCCUGCAUAUAAUACGGACUAGCUGAAAAACAGAAAAUGCGCCCCCUAUUAUUGGUGCUGUUCGUGGUUGGUCUGAGCAGUGCGCGAUGGCUUCGCGGCGGUCGAUCCACAGCGCCCAAAGACACCAGCUUCGUAGGAGAAGCCACCAGUGAACUGUCCACUGCUAUCUUCCAGGGCUACAUCGAUGAUGACAAAAACAUCGCGUUCUCACCCCUCGGCUACUCUGCAAUCCUGGCUAUCCUCGCAGAAGGUGCUCGUGGUGAGACGAGGGAACAGCUGGUGUCCGCUUUACAUUUACCUCAGGACCCCAACCUUACAAGAAAGACAUAUCGCUUCAUAAUGGAAAGAUUGAAGAACAAUCACGAGUACAAAUACAACCAGCCUGAGUUGAAGAACUAUUUCUACAUUUACAAAAACUACACAAUUAACGAUGACUACAAAAAGAUUCUAGAAGACUACUACCUGACUGAAGUGAGGUCCGUUGAGCGUUACAACCCUGAACAGCACAUGCAUGAUGAUGAAGAAGACAAGGGUGAAUUCACAAUUGAAAUCUCUGACAAGACUCAAGAUAAUAAGAAUGAAGAAAUCCCUGAAAUGAUGCCUCCUAAAGAAACCGACGAGAAACUUAUCUCAUUUGCUGUUGAUGACAUUCCUGAGAAAGUAGACAUUUCCCACAUGGAUUACAAACCUGCAAAGAACAUUAAGGAAAAGAUCAAGCUUGUGAAGACUUUCCCUAAGAAGACUGAAUCGGAGGAUGAUGAGGAAACCAUGGUGGCUGUUGAGGCGAGGAACCACGCUAGGAGUCUUAAAACUCUGAAUGAGGUCCGCGAUGUUUCGUCCAGCCUUUCUGUAAACAGUGUGGGAAAGAAAUCAACAUCAAUCUCCGACUCCUUAAUGAUCAUCUUCAACGGCAUGUACUUCCGAGGCUCGUGGAAGACACCGUUUGACUUCGUCGAGCCUGGCGUGUUCUACAAGUCCAACACUGAGAAGAAGCAGGUCACCAUGAUGAAAGCCAGAGGCACCUACAAGACUGGGUCACUGCCUGAGCUUGAUGCGGAGGCUAUCAAGCUUCCUUAUGAUGGUGGUCGCUACGCCUUGCUGCUGGUGGUGCCCCGCACCCGCGACGGUCUGGCCCGCCUCACUGCAGACCUGCCCAUCACACCACUCUCCGACAUUCAAGAGAGCUUACAGGACGAACAACUGCAGAUUUCCAUUCCUACCUUCUCUGUGGAGACUACCACUAAGCCUGUCGCUGCGUUAGCUAAGUUUGGAGUGAGCAAUAUCUUCAGCCGCGACGCAGACCUGACCGGCGUGUCUUCAGACGAGGGUCUGUUUGUGCAGGAGCUGGUACAACAUGUGGCUGUGCGCGUUGACGAUGCCGACAGCUCUGCUUCUCAAAUUGCAGCCGCCAACCCGGUAAUUGAGAUGUCGAAGAACUUGCCUCUUGCGCCAUCCAAGCCUCUCCGCAAGUUCAACGUGGAACAUCCCUUCAUCUUCUACAUCCUCGACACUCUUGACAACCUAGUCGUAGUAGCUGGCAAGGUCAUUGACCCCGAGAAACCAUUCUCCAUCGAUGACGAGGUUCCCGUCUAAAGUCUGAAGUUUUAAGUCCUUACCGCCAUCUUUUGGUGUUUCUUUUUCAUACUCUGAAGAGUUGUCAACGUCUGCCUUCGGCAUUCUCGAGAGCCCACCCGUUUUACUCGUAUUUUGAUGUAUUUUUAUACCUUGCUGUGAGAUUUGUACAAGUUUCCAAUAAAAGACCAGAUGCAUUUGAUUAUGAAAAAGUACACAGCGUAGUUUGUAAGUUAGACUUAAGUUAUUAUUUAUUUUUUGUAAUGUUGUGAUAUGGUUAAGAUUAAAUUAUUUAUUUGAAUUGG